UUUUUCCGGAGUCCUUGGUUCGGUUUCCCGGGCAACCGCAGACAGGUGAAUGAUCGUUCUCUGCCUCUUCUCCGACUUUCAGACUCCCCUUGAUCCCGGGAAGCGCAUCAGAUUUCAGCAAUGUCCACCCCUCCUCUAGCAGGAGCAAGUAUGCCCACUGGACCAUUUUCCGGUCCCCAGUCUCAAGCUGCUCGAGAAGUGAACACCGCAUCUCUCUGUCGCAUUGGCCAAGAGACCGUGCAGGAUAUUGUAUUUCGCACCAUGGAGAUCUUCCAGUUACUGAGAAAUAUGCAGCUUCCAAAUGGCGUAACCUAUCAUACAGGCACAUAUCAAGACAGGCUAGGGAAGCUGCAAGAGCACCUCCGUCAACUCUCGAUACUUUUCAGGAAACUGAGAUUAGUUUAUGACAAAUGCAACGAGAACUGUGCGGGGCUUGAUCCUAUUCCCAUAGAGCAACUCAUUCCUUAUGUUGAAGAAGACGGCUCCAAGCACGAUGACCGCGGAGCAGCCAGUCAGCUUCACUUUGCUAGCGAAGAGAGAAGGGAAAUCAUGGAAGUGAAUAAGAAACUGAAACAGAAGAAUCAACAGCUGAAGCAAAUUAUGGAUCAAUUACGGAAUCUCAUUUGGGACAUCAAUGCCAUGUUGGCAAUGAGGAACUAAAAUAUUUUUUUCCCUUCAUUAUGACAGCUGAUUUUUUAUCUUUUUGGGGGAAAUAAGUGUUUUCCAAGAAUUCUCCCCCCCCCCGACCUUAUUUCAUACAUUAUAAAAGUUUUUUAAAAAAUGUAUAUUUAUACCCAUGCACACUUCAAUUGUGUAAAAUGAAUAGUGUU